AUGGGCUCCGACGAAGGCUCCCGCGAGCGUCCUGCAAGAAGCAGCCGCCACCGCGACGAGGGCGACGACCGGCCGCGAAAAUCAGACCGAGACGCGCACCGCAGGCGAAGCAGAGACCGCGACUCGGACCGGCGCAGGGAUCGCUCGCGAUCGAGAGAACCGAGGAGGAAAGAGAGACGCCGCUCACACACGCCCGACUCGUCACGCCGCCACCGUGACCGCCACCGCGACGGCGACAGCGACAGGCGGCGCGACCGAGACGCAGACCGCGGCGACCGACACCGAAGACGCAGAUCCCCAGACGACGCCGCCGGCAGCCAGUCCAAGAGCGAAUCCGACCGGCACACGAAGCGCCGCGCCUCGCCCUCGCCGCCUCCGCCUGAACCGCUGCGCCGCCGGGGCCCCCUGCCGUCGCAGACCGACUCGUUCGCCGUGACGACGGGCGAGGAGGCGCCGCAGCCCAAGGAGCAGCCCAACUUUGGCAACAGCGGCGCGCUGGCGGCGGCGUCCAACUCGGUGCAGCAGGCGGACGGCACGUCGAUCGUGCUCAAGUACCACGAGCCGCCCGAGGCGCGCAAGCCGCCGGCCAAGGACGACUGGAAGCUGUUCGUCUUCAAGGGCCAGGAUGUGCUCGAUACGAUCGGCCUCAGCGCGCGGAGCUGCUGGCUCGUCGGCCGGGAGAUGGCGGUUGUGGACCUGGCGGCCGAGCACCCGAGCGUCAGCAAGCAGCACGCUGCCAUACAGUUUCGCUUUGUGGAGAAGAGGAACGAGUUUGGAGACCGCAUAGGCAGGGUCAAGCCGUACUUGAUCGACCUCGAGAGUGCCAAUGGCACGGAGCUCAAUGGGAAGAAGGUCGCCGAGAGCCGGUACGUUGAGCUGAGGCACAAGGAUAUGGUCAAGUUUGGGCACAGCACGAGGGAGUACGUGAUCAUGCUGGCGCCGAAGUGA